AGCGCACAGCUUCCUUUGUUUCUCUCUUUUUUUUUUUGGUGAAACCAAGGAGAGAGAUUAACAAUGGAUUACGUUGGAGAGAGAGAAACAGGGGAAUAGUUGGGCAGAGUUCAGAGGCGAAGGAGGAAGAUGAUGACUUGUGAUCACAGUUAAGGUGUUGUAAAGAUGAAGGGUUCGAUGCCAAUGUCGAUAUCAAUGGCCAUGUGUGGGCAUGGCAUUAGAGAGAAAGAGACGACAGAGCAAAUGUCAAGGGAUGAAGGAAGCCAGACCAGCCAGUAUAGCAUUAACCAUGGCAUUUUGCCUUCUCUUGGUGCCACUUCUAGAAACCGUCCCAGACAUAAGCUACGUCGUUUCAUUAUCCCUCCCUUUUAUUCUCAUUACAAACUUUGGCAGUCAUUUCUGGUAUGCCUGGUUUUCUACACGGCCUGGGUGUGCCCUUUUGAAUUUGGAUUUCUGGACAGAGCAAAAGGACCCCUGGCCAUUACUGAUAAUGUUGUAAAUGGAUUUUUUGCCGUUGACAUUGUUUUGACAUUCUUUGUGGCCUACCUUGAUAAGACUUCUUAUCUCCUCAUUGACAAUCCCAAACUAAUUGCUCUGAGAUAUGCCAAAACCUGGUUGGCUUUUGACAUCAUCUCCACAAUCCCUUCAGAACUUGCUCAGAGUGUUUUGCCUCCUCCUCUUGAGACCUAUGGAUACUUCAAUAUCCUUCGUCUAUGGCGUCUCCGAAGAGUCAGUGCAAUGUUUGCCAGAUUGGAAAAAGACAGGAACUAUAGCUACUUCUGGGUUCGAUACUUAAAGCUUAUCUUCGUUACUCUCCUUACAGUUCAUUGUGCCGGUUGCUUUUUCUAUUUUCUUGCUGUACGUAAUCGUAACCCGAGAAGGACAUGGCUUGGGCUUAUCACAGAUAACUUUCAUGAUAUCAGUUUGUGGGAUCGGUAUGUGACCUCAAUGUACUGGUCCAUAAUCACCCUUACAACUACUGGCUAUGGUGAUUUGCAUCCUGUAAAUUCACAGGAGAUGAUAUUUGAUAUCUUCUAUAUGCUUUUUAAUCUUGGGCUGCAAGCUUACUUGAUUGGAAACAUGACUAACUUGAUUGUCCAUGGGACUGCUCGAACUAGACAAUUUAGAGAUACUAUUCAAGCUGCCACAAGUUUUGCGCAACGAAACCAAAUACCUGAUCGCCUGCAUGAGCAGAUGCUUGCUCAUUUGUGUUUGAAGUACAGAACUAAUUCAGAAGGGCUGCAGCAGCAAGAGACUCUUGAUGCACUCCCUAAAGCCAUUAGAUCAAGUAUUUCACACUAUCUCUUCUAUCCACUUGUUGACAGUGUCUACUUGUUCCAGGGGGUAUCAAGAGACUUGCUUUUCCAACUGGUCUCCGAGAUGAAGGCUGAGUAUUUUCCUCCAAAAGAAGAUGUAAUUUUGCAGAAUGAAGCACCCACUGACUUGUAUAUAGUAGUCACUGGCGCUGUGGAAUUAAUUUUGCGAAGGAAUGGAGCAGAACCGGUUGUUCGUGAAGCGAAGACAGGAGACGUUGUUGGUGAGAUUGGCGUGAUUUGCUACAGGCCUCAAAUGGUCACCGUUCGUACGAAAGGACUCUGUCAGCUUCUGCGUUUGAACCGUACAGCUUUCUUAAAUAUUGUUCAGGCAAAUGUUGGAGAUGGAACAAUUAUCAUGAACAAUUUUCUUCAGUAUUUGAAAGAAAUAGAGGAUCCCCUGAUGCAAGGAAUCUUGGCGGACAUAGAGCACAUGCUGGCUCGGGGUAGAAUGGAUUUGCCUCUUAGUUUAUGCUUUGCUGCAAAGAGGGGUGAUGAUUUGUUGCUGCACCAUUUGCUCAGGCGGGGUUCAGAUCCAAAUGAGAUGGAUGAUAAUGGAAGAACAGCUAUGCAUAUUGCAGCAUCGAAUGGAAGCGAGCACUGCGCACUCUUACUUUUAGAAUUUGGAGCAGAUCCUAACAUUCAAGAUUCGGAAGGAAAUGUUCCUCUGUGGGAAGCAAUAUCAGGGAAACAUGAAUCUUUGAUCAAACUUCUUUUAGACAAUGGAGCAGAUAUAACUUCUGGCAAUGUGGGUAGUUUUGCUUGUGCUGCUGUUGAGCAAAACAACUUACAGCUUCUUAAAGACAUAGCCAAACAUGGAGGUGAUGUAACGCUGCCCAAGAGCAAUGGGACUACAGCACUUCACACAGCAGUAUGUGAAGGAAAUGUUGAGAUAGUUAAGUUCCUCUUAGAAAAAGGAGCGGAUGCUGACAAGCCGGAUAGCUACGGAUGGAAUCCUAAGGGUUUGGCAGAGCAUCAGGGACAUGAAGAAAUAAUAGAAUUGUUUAAGAAGAAAUCAGAGAUUAAGAAACCAACUAUUGUUUCAAUGGCAAAAGAUCCUGUGCUACCACACCAUGGGAAGUUCCGGAGUGAGCCCGCCUUACCUCCCUAUGCCCGGGAUAGUAGGCCAUCCAGCUCUGAAAUAUUAUCAACGGAAAAUACUUGGAGAAGAGCUAAAAACUUCCGUAAUUCACUUUUUGGGGUCAUGUCAGCUGCCAAUACUGGUGAGAGAGAGAAAGACUUUGCAACAUCUUCAGGCAUUUUUCCCAGUACCCGAAGUAAGAUAAGCUAUCCGGCCAGAGUGAUUCUUAGCUGCCCGGAAAAAGGUGAAACUGCCGCAAAGCUUGUGCUUCUUCCAGAGUCCCUUCAAGAACUACUUGACAUUGGUGCCAAAAAAUUUCAGUUUAGUCCCACCAAAGUCUUAACCAAAGAAGGAGCUGAAAUUGAAGACAUACAGCUUGUUAGAGAUGGUGACCAUCUUCUUGUUGUUGGUGAUGCUGGGAUUUGAUGAUGCAAAAGACCAGAAAUGGGAUG